CAGUCGUCAUGCGCUCAUAGUACGUUUGAUCGCGAACGAAAACGUCCUUAAUUAGAUACAAGUAUAUAAUUUAGUCCUAGAAUAAAUUAUAGUUAAUAAAAUGUCAGCUUUAAAUACUUUUACAUUACACAUGACAUUUUUCUUAAUAAGUGAGUGUUAUUUUACCACGGCUAUGUCUACAACUGCAGUAACUGAAGCCAGUGAAACUAAGACAAGGGGCUCCAGUUUUUACAACAACAUUAUGAACGCAUUAUUGCCAAGUGCCAAAGUAAAGUCUGCUGGCAAUAUAGAUAAAAGUCGACAUAAAAGAGAAGGUCUGCACGGAAUUUCACCAUCAACAGUGAUACGCUUUUUUCUAAAAUUAUGUAUAUAUCUCUUCGGACAAUUCGAAGACAUUGAUCCACACCCAAUGUCUAAACUAAAUGCUGAACCCGAUUUAAUUAAUAUGGAGGAGAGUUACUUUCCAUACAUGUACGAAAAAGAUGCGGACAUGAAUAGAAAUCAAAUAUAUCAUGGAAAGUAAACAACUGCAGCUAUUAUUGAUUUAACAACAAAAAUAAAAGAAAAUAUCGAUAAAAAGCACUAUGUACUGGGUGUCUUCAUUGAUUUGAAAAACACUUUUGAUACCGUAAGUCACAAACUAUUAUUCGAAAAACUAGAAUAUAAUAGGCAUCAGGGGAUGUGUAUUAAAAAAGUUAAAAUCGUAUCUAAACUUAGAUCUUGAUAGUAAAAAUAGACAGUUUUGAGAGUAGUACACUGUCAAUCAUAUACGGAGUUCCGCAGGGGUACAUAUUGGGUCCGCUACUGUUCUUGAUAUAAAUGGCAUCGCAGAACUAAAUCUACAUGGUCACAUAAUCUUAUAUGCGGAUGAUACGUGUUUAUUUUAUUUCGGAGCCAAUUUUCCCGACAUUAUUUCAAAAGCCCAAGAGGACCUCAAGGUUCUCU